GGCGCAUUAGAACAAGAUGGCGGCGAAAUACCCCUACAUAAUACUUAAUAAGUUUUAGCUUGAUAUUUUAGCUUGUGCUUAGAUAAGGAUAAUUAUACGAUGGUGAGGACUUUUAACGGCCAACCAUUAGGACAAUUCGCCAGGAAUUUAGCUUUGGCGGGUAAGGAGAAAACUGUCCUGGAUUUUACAGAAUCUCAACCUUUCUCUGAGAUCACAGCAUCCUCAUUUUCGCGAUCAGUUUUGAUUACAGUUUCAUCCUUCUUCACCAGUUAUCGCUGGAACUGGAGGAGGUCUUCUAGUCAACACGGCACGUCGUGACUCAGAACGAGCUAAAAGAUUAGUGGGCUAUGCUGCCCUGACUGGUAAGUCGUGUUAAAAUCUCAGCUACACAGUUUAAGUUUGAAGGAUUUCUUUUCGUAGUGGUUGUAUUUUAAGCGGCUCAAUUUGAGCUCAUUUUGAAAAAUAGUAAUAGGUUAUUUUAAUCACACGUCAUGAUUCCUCCAUCACAAGGGGAUAUGUCUUGCUCUUUUAAUCAUUUUAGAUUAUAAUCAUUAUAUUCAUUAUUGUCACAAUUAUUAUAAUAAUUGCUAUUGUUAUCAUUAUUAUCAUUUUAUUAUUACUAUUAUUAUAUUAUUAUUAUUAUUAUUAUUAUUAUCAUUAUUAUUUUCAUUACUGUUAGACUUUUAUUUUAAACACAAAGGGAAUUGAACCUUUACUGCUUGUGGUGUUAUUUAAUAGAUAGCAAAUGCUCAACCUUCAACUCCCAAGAUCUCAUUAGUAAUUCUCCUUACUUUCUGCCAUACAGUUCUUGUGAUGUUAGUUUAGAGAAUUUGGUUUUGGAUCAACUUGUAAUUCCCUAAUUGAAAUUUGUUCUUCAUUCUCAUCACUUGUCUGCUUGAUAUUGUAUUAAUAUUGUAGGGUGAAAUUCUGUCUUGGUCACUUGUGGGAGUUAAAUGCCUAAUUAAAACUACCUUGUAGAAAUGAUGCAAUAAUGAAACAAAGAUUUAAGAAGUAAAUUACAAGAAAAUAAAAUGAGUUAAAACUGACACUCAUCCUGUGAGAGAUUCAGUAUUUCAAAGGGAACAUUGUCAUAUUUUAAUGUAUUUUGUUUAAAUUGUAGAGAUAAAAAUCAUGUGGUUUCUGAAACUUAUUAAUUACAGUACCUCUUUUUGUAGUAUCCUAUGGAACCUUCGCUGUUUUACUCCCAAGAUUCAUUAGAAAUUCCCCUUACUGUUUGUUAUACGAUUUAUAUGAUGUUAGUUUGGAGAAUUUGGUUUUGGAUCAACUAGUCAUCCCUCAAUUUCUUUAUUCUCAUCACAUUACCACUUAAUAUUGUAUUGACAUUGUAAAGAGAAAUUCUGUCUUGGUCACUCAUGGAAGUAAGAGGGUCAAGUGAGUACAGUAUCCUUUUAGCAGCUUGUUGAGAAAGAUAACAAUGAUCUCUGCUGCUUUACAGUAUGAAUUGUUUUCUCUUGACAUACAAUGUAUUUAUUUUUGUGAGGUAUGACUGGUGCAAGUAUUGGUUAUAUAUUUGGAGUAGUCAAGAAGCAGCCACCAAUCCUUUGUGCUCUUUCCUCUGGCUCUAGUGUCUUUGUUAUUUCUGGUGCAUUUUAUGGUGAGUCAAUAUUUGAUGUAAUAUAAAUUUUAAUGUGAUGCCAACAUUUAUGGUAAAGGAAGAUAAAAAAAAAUGUCUAAAUAUGAUAAAAUUGAUAUAUCAAUUCCCAGAAGCUCUGUGCAUAGUAACUGAAAGCUGCUACCCACAUCUAUGAAACUCACCUUUUUGGAAGCUGCUAUCAUAAUGUUGAGCAUUGUUCUUAUCCCACUUGGUCAGUAUGUAAACACAAGAGCAAAAGAGUGAUAUUACUCUUCUGGAGAGUUACACAUGUCAGGGGUAUGCAUUAGUGGGGAAAAAGGCAAAAGCACAGUUGUGUCAGGAGCUAUUUUCAGUCUUUCUCUUCUGGUCACCACAGAUUUACAUGGACACUCUGCACCCCUCAAGCUUCAUUUUUAAACGUACUCUGUAAACAAAUCUUGGCAAGGCAUAAUCAUACUGGUUGACAGUAAGUUUGAUCAAAUACCCCCAGUAAGCCUUUACAAGCUUUGUUGUAGAACUGUUGUAGAUUGAGGUCUAAAUCUUCUUUUCUCUCUCUUCUCUUUUCCUUCAUUUUUCUAUCAUAAUAGUUUUGCGGGAGAAUCUUCUAGUGUCAUCAAAGGCUUAUAAAUGGAGAAGAAUGCUGGAUGAACUUCAGGGGAAACCCAACAUGACAGCAAGAAAAGAAGCAAUGACUGGUACUCAAGCCAGUGCCAUUAGUGGUGGAAUCAGUGGUUUAUUGCUUUCUUUUACCUUAGGUACUUUUACAUGCAUUAUUCACUCUUCUGAAAAAAGGAGUAAUUUUGUAAUGACCUAUGUUAUCUUGGUUUCAGCUGGAUAACUUACUAAAAACACAUGUACAGAUCCUCAAAUCUGCUGAAUGUUCAGAGUAUGGUUGUAUUGCUAUUACUGCUGAAUGUGAUACUACUCAGCCCAUUGCAAGAUACACUUAACAUGUUUUAAGCUCUCUGGUACCCAUUUUAUCCCCGGGUGGAGAGAGAGGCACUCAGAGUCUUUGUGAAAUCCCAAGAGAGUGACAAUGGCUGAGGUUCAUCACUUGUGAUAUUAAAGUAAUUAUAUCAUAAGGAGAAUUUAAAGGUUGAUUAAUUCAAGUCUUCAAGGUUUUAUUUUUAAUCUGUCUUCAUCAUUGUGUUUCAACAGGAAGAGGCUUUAGUGUGGCAAUCAGUACAGCUUUACAAGGUUUAGUACUGGGAGUAGUUGGUAAGCAUCUAGUACUACAUAACCAGCUUUGGCAUGUUACUCCAAGUGUAUUGUUUACAGCCAUUUUAAAUUGUGUCAGUCAACAAAUAAAUCACUGACAUGGUUUUUUAAUCUCUUGGUCAAUCACAUGAGAAACUGGUACAAACAUCUUUUAGUUUAAAGCUUAAUUUAAUCCCUUCAUUUUGAUUUAGGUUGUAAUUGUGAAAUUUAAUGAGGAUCUAAAGAGUAAGCCAGGGAAAUUUUUUUCAUGGACUUACCCAAUGGAGUUCACAACUAAACUUCUGCUUUGGUUUUAUUGUCAACAUGAUCUCCAAAAUAGUCUGCACUUAGUAGACAUGUGAGAAUUUUUUUUUGGCUUGUGUUCUAAGAUGAUCCAACUUUGUUUGGUGUUAGGGCAAUGGUCAGUUUACAAGUGCCAGCAAUGGAUUUUAGAGGAAAGAAUCAAAUAUCAUUAUCCUGAACUGGUGGCUAAUGCUAAAGCUUGUGAAAUAGUAAGUUUCUUGUUUAUGUAUAAUUUAUUUGCUGUAUGUCCAUGUAUCAGCCACACACAGAUGUAAAUGUAAAGUCGUAUUCAAGCCCUCUGGCCCACCCAACCACGGCUCAUCCUGGUCUCCAAGGAGCAUGAAGUAACUCUGGCUCUGUAUUUGUACAAGAUUAUAAUGUUAGCCUGAGGGCAAGUGUAAUUUUUUGGUAUUUCCUAGGCAAGUAGGGGCAAACUUGAGAAGAGCAAAAGGGCUAAGAUAAGACAGGGCUUCUCCCUUUCAAGUGUGUCCUGUCAUCCAUUAAGCUCUCCUUGCACUUGCUGCUGCUUCUCUGAAAAUGCAAACUAAUAAUAGUCACAUCUGUCUCACAGGCUAUCGCACACCUUUACACCCUAACAUCAGUGUGCAAAUUCUUCAUGACGAGGAGAAUUUGUUUACCAAGCAAGAGCUUCCUUAGUUAGUGAUCAUUUGCUCCAUUCUCAUAACUUUGUAGUCACUCUUAGGGGUGAAAGGAUUGAUAGACAAGAGAAAAACUUUAUUAUUUACUUAUUUUUAUAUUUUUUAUUACUUGAUUUGUUUCUUUUCUGCCCCAAAUUGCUCUCUUAUUUCCUUUUUCGUUUAUAUGUAGGGUUGGUAUGACUGGGCGUAUCAAAAACUGACCACUAGGACUCACAGCUCACUGGUGGAUGAAAAAAUUCAUAGCCUCACAAUUCAACUGCAACUUCUCCAGGAAGAGGAAGAGAGACUGCUGCAGUUGAAGCAAGAGUAGGCAAAUGAAAGUAAAACGUGAUUGGAGUUUAAAGUAUCAAAUGGGAAGACUAAACGCCAGUAUGAGAAACAAUAACUACAGAAACAUUCGAACAGAGCAAUGACAGCCGUUGUUUACUUUUGUCACGCAAUACGUUUCGUUUGUUGGGAGAAAGUAUGUUGCGUGACGAACCAAACAACGGUUGCGCAAGAGACUAGCCAGCUUGCAGAUAUUUUUCUCUUUCACUGUGUCUAAAAGCAACAUCACACAAAGUCCUUUCAAUUCUUGACUGUCUUUCGUAGCUGGGAAGAAAUUGAUUUCCCCCAUUCUCAUUUGUGCCGCGACACAAGUGGUGAAGCCCGCGAGUUUCGUGUUGGCGGGCAAAGUGAGCGUGCGAAAGGCUUUCGACAAAUGACUUCGGGGAGUCUUCGCCGCACGUGAUGCCGAAUCUUCUCGCUAGCUAGAUUUACCUUAACAGUUCGUUUAUAGUCAAAGUUUUUCUGGACAUUGGACAUAGUGUGAAGAAUUGUAUGCAGGCCAUUUCUCGAGAUCCCGAAUAUUCGAAGUAGUAAAUAUGAGAAAU